AAAAAUUCGAUUAACAAGUCUUGGUUCCACUGUUUUAAAUUGAUUUUUUUAUUUGUCUGAAAUUUUCAAUUUAUCCUACUAAUAAUGGAAACUAAAAAAUCCCCUCCACAGAAAGGAGAACCUUUCCAGGGAACAAACGAUAGAAUAGGAGAUGGUUUAGAAGAAGCUGCCGAAUAUAUUUUAAAAGCUAAAUGUCGUAUGGAAAUUCAAAAAGCUAGAGAAAAUGUUGCCCAAUUAAAUGCCUCCCCGGUGCUACCCGAAGAACAUGUCCAUGAUCUACUGAGCCCUGAAUUGAAGAAAAGUCACUUUGUCACAUUUCGUGAACAAUUUUCCGAAGAUAUGUUUUUUAAGAAGCCCAAAUUAGGAAAAGUGUAUCCGUUACAGACAAAACCCGAUAGAUUUACAAAUGAAAACUUCACCUAUGGCAAAGAGAGUUUAAGAUCGGGAAAUUUAUAUGAAUUGAUAUUGCCAAAGAAAUCGGCGGAGGAAAUAAAUCGCGAAUAUAGAGAUUGGCAUGAGAAAUACAUUAAAUCGCAUGAUCAUUAUUUUCCCGCAGAAAGAAUUCGAAGAAACUACAAUGAUAAAUUUAACCCAAACAAAACUUUUGGCAUUUGCAAGAAAACCGAUACCUCCGGGCGAAUGGUUCGAGAAUGCCUGCAACAGCCGAGUGGUUUCGUUUUAAUCAAUGGCGCCCAGAAAAGAUUUAUUGAUCGCACUGUAGGACAACUGGGUAGUCGACUGAAGAGUUCUAGCGGAGAAGGCGUCCAGCGCAGCACAGAAUACGUAGAAAGUAAAUUUAAUAGCGAUAGCAGUAAUAUUCGUGCAUUAUUUGAAAACUCAGAACAUUCGUCAGAGAAAAAUACCACAGUAGAAGCAAUUGGAUAUGUAAAACAGUUGCGGCGAAAAUUGGCCAACCAUAAACAUUUUCAUAUACAUGAUUUAAAAGUUGUAUUGGAAAAAUAUGACAAAAAUAAGCGAGGAUUUUUGGAGCUCUCAACAAUAUAUCGAGUUAUGCGAUCUUUACAAAUUCGAGCUGAUGAAACUUUACUACGUCGAGCAAUGUUACAUUUUCAAAUUAUUGAAGAUGCGGAACGUGUUAAUCUGGAUUUAUUUUGGAAAAUGCUACACGUUCAAUAUCCCUUACCAACGAUUGCCAGUAACAAGUUUGAGAAUCCUACGACUUCCAACAAUAAUAUCACGGUAUAUCGAUCAUUUUGUCGAGAUCGUGAGAAGACAUUGCCCAGCACUAUCUUAGCGAAACGUUGUAAAGACUCUACAACAGCUGCCGAUUGUAUAUCACCGAGCAUAGUUGUUCACUCGGGCCUUAGUAAUGAAGAUUUUGAAAUCUCUCGAUCCAAAGAAGAACUUCCCAAGAUAUUUUGCAAUUUAUUAAAAGAUAAUUUUGAGGAUAUUUGGAAUGUGGCAAUUAGCAAAUGUGAAGGUGAUAAUAACAACAAGUUGAGUAUAAACGAUUUCAUGGAGGCUAUACGAAAUGGUUCUUAAUGUUGUAAAACAAAAUUCAUUUUAAUGUCAUCUCUUUUGCUUGCAUCUUUAUAUCGAUAUUAAAAUUAAGUAUCGAUAUUAACGUUAAAUACACGUGUAUGAUUCUGUAGUGAGA